GAGGGCGGCAUGGCGGGUGGCGGCGUAGUGGGCGUCUCGCGGGGCUGGAGCCGGGCGGAGAGGCUGGGCGCCCCCGGGGGCUCCGCCUGGCCCCCGCCGCCCUCGUCCUCGCGCUGUGGUCGGGGUGCUGCUGCUUCUGUGGGACCCACGGUUUCCCCAAACGCAGGAAACGAUUAGUGGGCGGACCGGAGGGGCCGCGGAGGCGCGGCCCGCUGCUCCGCCGGGUUUCCGAACCUGCGGCGCCUACUCCCCCUGCGAGGGCGGGCCGCCGGGACUCAGGGAGGGCCCUCGGGGUGGGGCGGGGCCCUCGCGCGGGGAAGAAGAGCCCUAGUCUGCCUCCACAGGGAGAAGCAUUCUUUGACAUCCAGCCUGGGUACCUCUGUGUGUAUAAAUGUAAGGUGCUACCGAGCAGACUCCGCAAUGGAAGGUAAACCCUUGCUGACGUCCAAGCAGAAGACUGCGGUGGUGUGCGGAGUCCCCACCCAGGUGGUCUGCACGGCCUUCAGCAGCCACAUCCUGGUGGUGGUGACCCAGCUGGGGAAGAUGGGUACCCUGGUCUCCCUGGAGCCCAGCAGUGUGACUAGUGACGUCGGCAAGCCUGUGCUGACCACCAAAGUCCUCCUCGGGAAGGAUGAGCCGCUCGUCCAUGUCUUCGCGAAAAACCUGGUGGCAUUUGUGUCUCAAGAAGCUGGAAACAGAGCUGUCCUCCUCGCCCUGGCCGUGAAGGACAAGAGCAUGGAGGUGGUGGAGGCCCUGAAGGAGGCGAUCCAGAUGUGCCAGGUGUGGUGACCCUGGCGUGGCCGCCCCUGCCACCCGGGAGGGCCAUGCGCCAACUCAGACACCUUCUCAAGGAUCUGAAGGCGCUCCUUUGGUUAGAAGGAGGAGCUCUCUGGCUGGAAGAAACACAGACGCCUCGGGCUGGCCUUGGUUUGGAGGCUGACGGCCCCUGUGGAGGGACAGGAAGCACGUCCUGAGAAGGUUGCGAGUCCUCCUCCCCAGGUCCAGAGCCUCACGUGUGUGAGAAGUGACAAAUGAGCCAUGGCCCUCAAUUGUUGGGGGAAGUUUUUUUUAUUAUUAAAAAUAAAUGCAUAUCCUCAAA